UCCUCGCACAGCAGUGUAGCUCCGAGACCAUGAAGAUCAUCAUACUGACGGUCGCCCUGGUGGCUGCAGCCCAGUGCGGGCCCGUCCCAGAGCCUGAAGCCAAGGCCAAGGCCGCCCCAGGCUACCUGGGAGGCUUCUCUGCCGGCCUGGGAGGCUACGGAGGCGGCUUCGGCGGCUACGGUGGCGGCUACGGAGGCGGCUUGGGAGGCGGCUUUGGAGGCCUGAGCUUCGCCGCCCCCGCCAUCGCCGCCGCCCCCGCCAUCGCCGCCGCCCCCGCCAUCGGCAUCGCCGCCGCUCCAGCCACCGUGGUGCGCACCCGCGUGGUGCCCGGACCGACCCAGCUGGUGCAGCCGCCUCCAGUGCUGCAGAGGCAGGUGAUCCAGCCUCCCCCCAUCGUGCAGACCCGCCUCAUCCAGCCCCCUGCUCAGCUCGUCCAGGGACCGCCCCAGGUCAUCCACGAGCAGACACCGGCCGUGAUCAAGACGGCGGUGCCCGCCAUCGCCGCAGCCCCAGCCAUCGGCCUGGGCUACAAGUCGCUGCUGCACUGAACACCAUCUCUGAUGGAAACUCAACUGCCCCUUCAUCUUAACAACCGACAUCACAGACAUCAAUCCACGCUCGCCAGUCUUCGUAAUUUCACCUCAUACGUCCCACAAUCAACGCAUAAAAUGUACUGCUUC